GGACGGAGUUCCGCAGGAAGACUGUCUCGCUUCUCGGUCAAGCAUGGCCGACGCCAACCAGUCCACGAGGGAGUCCUUGUGCCUCUUCGAGCAUCCUCGGCUCAGUCGCAAGGUCGCCGUUCGUGAUUGCAUCACACGCAAUAGGCUCGGGCACAUGGCGUGGCAGCCUUCCCAUCGAGCGACGGUUCUUCUCGCGGGUCGUAGAUACUCGUGGACUUCCGUACUUGGGUGUGCGCAUGACUCGCACGUGAAGCCGAUAGGCCUUCAGAAACGCCCUAUCAUUCUGUUUAUCCUACCCUCCUCUGCGCUCUGCAUGUCGUGCGUCAGUCCUGUUCCACCCCUCGAAGCAUGAAAGACAUGUGAAGCAUCCAAGAGGGAGCCGUGAUACUGUUGGCUUUGUAGUGUUUGCACAAAAACACAUUCUGACAUACCUGUUGCAUAUGCCUGCAACCUUAAGCCAUGUGAUUCACUGAAGUUCUGCCAAAGAUAAAAGUCAUGGGGAAAAGUUUUGUAAAUCCUGAUCUCCUCAAGGAGAGGGCUUCAUGCUCCUUCAAUAAAGAGGAGCUCACAAAUCUGCUGGACGGUGGGAAAGAGGCAACAGAGCACCGACGAGCUUUAGAAUCCUAUAUACUGAGCAUUCCUGGGGCCUUUGAAGGAGUAAGCAAAUAUGAUCACUUGGGCCACAAAGAGUUCUAUGAAGUGGCAGUGGCAAAAUCAAAGAAGAUUAUGGGUGCCCUGCAAGUUAGCAAUAUGGAAGGGGUUGGAACACCACAAGAAGCUUUUCAGAUGCUAUUUGGUGGAUGGAUGGGAAGCACCCUUGGGUUGGAUGGGAAUCCAUUGGCUGUCCAUUAUGGUAUGUUCCUCCCAUGCAUUCUUGGCCAAGGCACCCCUGAGCAGAUUGUGAAGUGGCUUCACAUGGGCUGGACUCUUGAAAUCAUUGGCUGUUAUGCACAGGUUACGGAACUUGGGCACGGAACUUUUGUUCGUGGCCUUGAAACAACAGCUGUGUAUGAUCCCAAGGCAGAAGAGUUCAUCCUAAAUACACCCACAUUGACCUCGCUGAAGUGGUGGCCUGGUGGCUGUGAGUUUCAAGUUGCUGUAGUGGGGAAUACAGCAACACAUGCAAUUGUUGUGGCACAGUUAUACACAAGAGGAGAAUGCCGUGGUGUGCAUCCUUUUAUUGUCCCACUAAGGAAUAUGGAUGAUCAUUCACCAUUAUCAGGAAUUGAGAUUGGAGACAUUGGUAGGAGAAUGGCCUUUAAUGCAGCAGAUAAUGGCUUCUUACGGUUGACUAAUGUGCGCAUUCCCAGAGAGAAUCUUCUCAUGAAGCAUGCACAGGUUCUACAGGAUGGGACAUACAUAAGACCAGCCAACAGCAAAUUGAGCUAUGGGACCAUGGUGUUUGUACGUGUAAUGAUAUGCAGAGACAUGUGCAACCAAUUGAAGAAGGCCGUGACUAUUGCAACACGUUAUAGUGCUGUGAGACGCCAAUCAGAGAUCUCCCCUGGGUAUGGCAAAUACAAUAUAGCUUCUGUCAAUGAUAUUACACAACCUGAGAUAGAUGUUCCAGGGGCAGGUGAGGUGCAAAUCCUGGACUUUGUAACACAACAGUGGAAACUGUUUCCUGCCCUUGCUACAGCAUUUGGGAUCCAUUUUGGGUUUCAGUACGUGAUGGAGCAAUACCAUCAAGUGAAUGAGCAUGUGAAUAAUGGAGACCUGGACACAUUACCACAGCUGCAUAUCUUGAGCUGUGGCCUGAAGGCUCAAUCAACUGGAGAUGCCCAGUAUUUUGUGGAAGUUUGUCGAAUGGCAUGUGGAGGACACGGUUUCCUUAUGUCUUCUCAGUUCCCUCAAAUUUAUGGGCUCUGUGCUGCUGCUUCUAUUUAUGAAGGCGAAAAUACUGUUCUCUGGCUCCAGGUUGCCAGGUACCUGAUGAAGUCUGAGCUUCAGCAAACUUUCCAGGCAGAAGCAAUUAACAAAGGAUGUCUUUUCCAAGGACAAACUCUCUGCUUGGAUGCUGUACUCAAUGCAUUCUUGUGUGUGGCCCAUGGUCGAAUCCGGUCAAGCUUCCACAACCUGCAGAGUUUAAUCUCCCAAGGGGGAAUUUGCUUUGAGGAGGCCAUGAAUCGCUCAUCAGUGGCUCUUGUCUCAGCUGCCAAGGCCUACAUAAGACACUUCUCUGUUGCUCAGUUUGUGGCCCAUGUCAAGAAUCAAAUGAGCCAGGGGACUAGGAACAUCUUGGGAACUCUGUGUCGACUCUAUUCUCUCUUCUGGAUGCUUGAGGAUCUGGGAGAUUUCAUCAUUUAUGCCCAUGUAUCCUCAGAGGACCUGAAGCAUCUGGAAAUGACUCGAGGCGAGCUCCUGCGGGAAAUUCGACCAGAAGCAGUCAAUCUGGUUGAUGCAUUUGACCUACGUGAUGAAGUCCUUGUCUCGGCACUUGGGGCAUAUGAUGGCAAUGUGUAUGAGCAUCUUUAUGAUGCUGCUCUGAAAAGCCCUCUUAAUCAUUUAAUUAAGUCCAAACUCUGAUGAUCCUGUACCUGUGACUUUUAGCCCCAAAGAUAUCUUCACUGGUCUGUUUUUUUUUUAUUGCAUGUUUGGGCAAAUUCAAGUUACCAAUUAUAGUCAUGUUUGUGUGAUAAUGGGACUGAAGAUACAAAAUAUAUAUUCUCUUACCCAGUGUAGAC